GGGGCGGUGGCAGCGGCGGCUGUGGCUUGGUCGGGCAUCCGCGGCUCCUUGCGUGGGGGAUGGGGACGGCGAGCUCCAGUCCUCCGAGACGGCGGCGGCGGCCGUGAGCGUUGGGCGGGCGUCCGGGACGCAGGAUGGAGCGCCGCGGAUUUCAGUUUUUCUGACUGUUAAAUGAGAGGAUGAUUGCUCACAAACAGAAAAAGGCAAAGAAAAAACGCGUUUGGGCAUCAAGCCAACACUCUACUGAUGUUGCAGCUUCUGAAAUGGGGCUCAAGUCCAUAAGUUCCAACUCCAUUUUUGAUCCGGACUACAUCCAGGAGUUGGUGAAUGAUAUCAGGAAGUUCUCCCAUGUGUUACUAUAUUUGAAAGAAGCUAUUCUUUCAGACUGUUUUAAAGAAGUCAUUCAUAUCCGUCUGGAUGAGCUUCUCUGUGUUUUAAAGUCUAUAAUGAAUAAGCAUCAGAACCUCAAUUCUGUUGAUCUUCAAAAUGCUGCAGAAAUGCUUACUGCAAAAGUGAAAGCUGUGAAUUUUACAGAAGUUAAUGAAGAAAACAAAAACGAUCUAUUCCGAGAAGUCUUUUCUUCCAUUGAAACUUUGGCAUUUACCUUUGGGAAUAUCCUUACAAACUUCCUUAUGGGAGAUGUAGGCAGUGACUCAUUGUUACGACUGCCUGUUUCUCGGGAAAAUAAGUCUUUUGAAAACAUUUCUGUGGACUCAGUGGAGUCAUCCAAUGAAAAAGGAAAUUUUUCUCCUAUAGAAUUAGACAGUGUGCUGUUAAGAAACACUGACUCUAUUGAAUUGGCCUUGUCAUAUGCUAAAACAUGGUCAAAAUAUACAAAGAACAUAGUGUCAUGGGUUGAAAAAAAGCUUAACCUGGAAUUGGAGUCCACCAGAAAUAUUGUAAAGUUGGCAGAGGCAACUAGAGCUAACAUUGGACUGCAGGAAUUUAUGCCGCUACAGUCUCUAUUUACCAGUGCUCUCCUCAAUGACAUAAAAAAUAGUCACCUUUUACAACAAACAAUUGCAGCUCUCCAAGCCAACAAAUUUGUACAGCCUCUUCUGGGGAGGAAAAAUGAAAUGGAAAAACAAAGGAAAGAAAUAAAAGAACUUUGGAAACAGGAACAAAAUAAAAUGCUUGAAACAGAAACUGCUCUCAAAAAGGCAAAAUUGUUAUGCAUGCAACGUCAAGAUGAAUAUGAAAAAGCAAAAUCUUCCAUGUUUCGUGCAGAGGAGGAGCAUCAGUACUCAAGUGGUGGAUUAGCAAAAAAUCUCAACAAACAACUAGAAAAAAAGCGAAGGUUGGAAGAGGAAGCUCUUCAAAAAGUAGAAGAAGCAAAUGAACUCUACAAAGUUUGUGUAACAAAUGUUGAAGAAAGACGAAAUGAUCUAGAAAAUACCAAAAAAGAAAUUUUAACACAACUAAGGACACUUGUUUUCCAGUGUGAUCUUACCCUUAAAGCUGUAACAGUUAACCUCUUUCAAAUGCAGCACCUGCAGGCUGCCUCCUUUGCAAACAGUUUACAGUCUCUCUCUGAUAAUGCCAAACUUUAUGAUCCAGGCCAAGAGUACAGUGAAUUUGUGAAGGCUACAAAUUCAACUGAAGAAGAAAAAGUUGAUGGGAAUGUAAAUAAACCAUUAACGAGUAGUUCCCAGACAUCUAGAUAUGGCCCUGCUGACUCUUUAGAGGAUGUUGUGCGCCUUCCUGACAGUUGUAAUAAAAUUGAAGAGGACAGAUGCUCUAACAGUGCAGACCUAACAGGUUCUUCUUUCAUAAGAUCAUGGACAUUUGGGAUGGUUAGUGACUCUGAGAGUACUGGAGGGAGCAGUGAAUCUAGAUCUUUGGAUUCAGAAUCUAUAAGUCCAGGAGACUUUCAUCGAAAACUUCCACGAACUCCAUCCAGUGGAACCAUGUCUUCAGCAGAUGAUUUAGAUGAAAGAGAGCCACCUUCCCCUUCAGAAGCAGGACUCAAUUCCCUUGGAGCAUUUAAGAAAACAUUGAUGUCAAAAGCAGCUGUCACUCACAAGUUCCGAAAAUUGAGAUCCCCCACAAAAUGCAGAGAUUGCGAAGGCAUUGUAGUAUUCCAAGGUGUUGAAUGUGAAGAGUGUCUCCUUGUUUGUCAUCGAAAAUGUUUGGAAAACUUAGUCAUUAUCUGUGGUCAUCAGAAACUUCUGGGAAAAAUACACUUAUUUGGAGCAGAAUUCACACAAGUUGCAAAAAAGGAGCCAGAUGGCAUUCCUUUUAUACUCAAAAUAUGUGCCUCAGAGAUUGAAAAUAGAGCCUUGUGUUUACAGGGAAUUUAUCGUGUUAGUGGAAACAAAACAAAAACUGAAAAACUGUGUCAAGCUUUGGAGAAUGGAAUGCACUUGGUAGACAUUUCAGAAUUUAAUUCACAUGAUAUCUGUGAGGUCUUAAAAUUAUACCUUCGACAGCUCCCAGAACCAUUUAUUUUAUUCCGAUUAUACAAGGAAUUUAUAGACCUUGCAAAAGAGAUCCAACAUGUUAAUGAAGAACAAGAAACCAAAAAGGAUAACCCUGAGGACAAAAAAUUUCCAAAUAUGUGUAUAGAAAUAAACCGAAUUCUUCUAAAAAGCAAGGACCUUCUAAGACAAUUGCCAACAUCAAAUUUUAACAGUCUUCAUUACCUCAUUGUACAUCUUAAGCGGGUAGUAGAUCAUGCAGAAGAAAAUAAGAUGAACUCCAAAAACUUGGGAGUUAUAUUUGGACCCAGUCUGAUUAGGCCAAGGCCCACAACUGCUCCUGUCACCAUCUCCUCCCUUGCUGAAUAUUCAAAUCAGGCACGGUUGGUAGAGUUCCUCAUUACUUACUCACAGAAGAUCUUCGAUGGGUCCCUACAGCCUCAAGAUGUUACGUGUAGUGCAGGUGUUCUUACACCUCAGGUUGAUCAAAGCUGUCCUUCGAAACUUCUGUUAUCAUCAGAAGAAAGAGACACAGAACAUUCCAUGAAGUCACUAUAUUUUACUUCAAAGGAAGAUAUCUACACUGCAGACAGUGAAAGCAAAAAUUUUGAAACUACUCCAUCAUUUGAGGAAUCAGAACACAAGCAAAAUAUAUUGGAAAAAUGUGAUGCAUGUCUCAUCGAAAACAAAGAACCUGAAUCAUCAUCCCAAAAGAUGGACAAUAUUUGUAAAACCAAUAAGCCACUUAUUUUGAAAUCUGAUAGAGUAACAAACAAUAUGCACAGGCAUACUCCAAGGACCAAGAUUAGACCUGUAAGUUUGCCUGUAGAUAGGUUACUUCUUGCAAGCCCUCCUAGUGAGAAAAACGGCAGAAAUGUGGGAAAUACAAAUGCAGACAAGUUUUGCAAGAAUCCUACCUUUGAAGGACUUAGUAGAAAAGAUACUCCUACUACUGUUUGUUCCAAAUUCAAUGGCUUUGAUCAGCAGAUUCUACCAAAAACUUGGGGAAAACAAUGUGAACAAAACAACCUAACUGCCAAGACUACAGUAACUGUGCCUGGUGCACUCCAGGAAAAAGUGACAGUGAGCAUCAGCGUCAGUGGUGACCAUUCCAUCAGUGCCACACAACCCAAUAAGCCAUACACAGAACCAGCCAGAUCAACAAGAGAGGCAUCAGAGAGACGGUCUUCUGAUUCCUACCCUCUCACUCCUGCCAGAGCACCCAGAACACUGCAGCCCCAGCACUGGACAACAUUUUAUAAACCACGUACACCCACCAGCAAUGUCAGGGGGACUGAGGAGAGACCAGCUUCACCUUCAGCAGCAGUGCCUCCUGGCACAGCUCAUACUCCCCUGAGUCAGGUGGAAAAGUCAGUUCCAGACUUGGACAGCACAUCAGCUUGUCCUUUGCAGCUAGAUGGUAAGCCUAAAGAGAACUCUGAGGAGCAUGGCCUGCCUGAUGUGAAUCCAACGUACCAGAGACCCAGGCUAAAACGAAUGCAACAGUUUGAAGACCUUGAAGAUGAAAUUCCACAAUUUGUGUAGGGUUGUCAAAAUUCAGUUUUUCUUUUUGUUGUUCUGUUUUGUGAUAUUGUGUUUAUUUUAUGAAAGAAUGUUUUGACAGGACCCCUUUUGUAUAGGAUUGCCAAAGUGUGUUUUUUGCUGUUUGUCCUUAGUGUUUUGAUAGGUAGUGUUUAUUUUAUGAAAGAAUGCUUUGACAGGACCCCUUCUGUAUAGGAUUGCCAAAGUGUGUAUUUUGCUGUUUGUCCUUGUAUCAUAUUUUCCAGUCAUAUUGCAUGGUAGUGUUUUGAUAGGGCCACAUUUGUGCCUCACUGGAAUUAUCUUUAAAUUCUGUGUUUUUGAAGUUGUGCAUAAAACAAGUAUCAUAAUUUUAAGAUUUCAAAUGCUUUUUCCCAUAAAAUGGUCCAUUUAAAUGCAUCCCAACUUAUGAGAUAGUUCUCAACAAAUCUGCAGUGUGGAUAUCCUAUUGAUGCAAGAGAAUUUUUAAACUAAAAAAGCAAAACACAACUCAAAACAGUUCAAAGACUGUUAACAUUAACAUAAACAUGACAAACUUCUAAUGCAAUUCUAUAAUGGUCAAAAUUAUAUGGAAAAAAACAUAUUCAUACCCAAUAAAGAUUUUUCAGGUACUUGCAUUCAGAAACAUUUUAUAUGUAAGCACUUAGUUUCGCUCCAAAAAAUAAAGUUGAUUUUCCCAAACUGCAAAACGAAGUGCUUAUUUAUAAAAUGUUUCUGAAUGCAAGUGCCUGAACAAUCUUUAUGGGGUAUGAAUAUGUCUUUUCCCAACAGUUUUAUAGUGCAUCUUUGAACAUUUGUGUGUUUAUAGUUUGAAUGUAAGCUUUUAUUUUUCAAUUGGCAAUUCACUUAACUUUUUAAUAUUUACAUGAUGGCCAAAAAACUUGCAAAUCUGUAUUUAAUUGCAUUCUAAUUGUCACUUUUUACAUAUGGUAGUCAAUUAAAUUGUACAAAGAAAAUGCACUUAAACCUAUUUUUAAAUUAUAUAGUUUAGUUAUAUCUUAUUUGGCUCUAGAUGGUUUUAAUACAUUUGAUAGUUUUUUACCCCUUAGCUUCAUCUGUAUAAAUUUUUACUUUAUGACAGUUCCAAACCUUUUGUUAUUUUCUAUAAUGGUCUUAAGAAGUGCCUGCUUCAGAAGUUUUUAAAUUCAAUGCAUUUUCUCUUGAUAUUUGUGGGUUUUGUUAAAACCAUUCUUUUUGUGUGAAAUAUUUUGACUUAUAAAUCAUUUUAUGUACUUUUUCUACCUGGACUAUCAACCAUUGAAAAUGUAUAUUUCAUUAGAAUUAAGAAAAAAUUUAUUUAAGUUCAUUCCAAGAGUAGAGUUCAGUAAGCCUCAUUGUUUGGAAUUUGAGAGAAGGAAUAGAUGAUUGGAUCUGUUUCAUUUAUAAAAUAUCAAAGUUUUUAUAACUAAUGCAUUCCUAUUACUUUCUGGGUUUCAUCAUUUUGUCUAAAAUAGGAUAUAAAAGGGACAAAAAUAAAAUAGCCUCUUUUUAUACG